AUGAUCAUCGCAGUCCAAACACCAUGGAAAAACAGUGAAAGGCUCAUCUGCACAGCUUAUAUCUUGCGCGCUCGACGCUUAUCCGCAUAUGAGGAAUUCAAGCAUGUUCUUCUCGCGUUUAUUUAUGACAAGGAUGAUAAGACUUCUCCCGUGGCGAAUGAGUGGUCUGAACGGAGGAGGCUUGACUUAGCCGGAUUUAUGUCUUCCACGUUAAGGGCUCAUUUAAAUGCAUAUGACCCAAUUUUUUCAAUGGCUCUUAGAUAUUUAAUAAGCAUACACAGGGUAUAUUGUUUACGUCAAGGUAUUACAUCCCCGAUCUCUGAUCUGACUGAAAGAUUGCUCCUUGAAGAACGGGACCCUCCUGCAACACCACAAGACAUUUUAUAUGAAGUACCACCAUUUGAUGAGGUUGACAUACAGGCUCUUGCACAUGCUGUAGAGCUUACCAGACAAGGGGCAAUUGAUAGCUUGAGAUUUACUAAGGGUGAUCUAUUCCUGGCAUUUCAGAAUGAAUUAUGUCGGAUGAGGUUGGAUGUUCCACUUCUUGAUCAACUAGUUAGAGAGUAUUUUGUUUACAGAGGCAUUGUUGACUCUGCAUCUGGGAAGCAACCUAUACCAGAACCUUUGAAAUUCAACCAAGACCCUGGGUAUUGCUCAUCAAGGGAUUGUUCUAUGGAGCAAGAUUGUAAUGCCAGCAAGCAUUCUGAUGGUGAAACUUCUGUUACCAAUGCUCAGAUGGAUGGUUCCCCUGAAAAUAAUGCUGAUGUGACAAGCAUGAGACGAAUUGAUUUUGAAGUACGGUAUGCUUCUGAACUUGCAAGUAUUCAUGAAGACUGUAGCACCAGUGGAUCGCAGCAACAUGAAGAUGCAUGUGUUUUACAACGAAGCAGAUUGCCUGGAAGUGGAGAAAGAAGCAAGCGCAAGCGGUGGAGAGGACGAUAUGAUGACAAUAGUCACAUGCCCAAUGCUUCUUUAGAAGAGCACAGCAAGCUAGAGCAUAGCAUAAGCACUGUUGUUUCAACUUUAACAAAGGAGAAACAGGGCUCUGAAAAGCUUUCUGUACAUGAUGCUAGUAAUGUGGAAGAUAGAUAUGAGAUUCUGUUGGGAAUGAAGGAAUUAGCUAGCAGAGGAAUGGCCGCUGAAGCAGUUGAGGAGGUCAAUGCUAUUGAUCCUAAUUUCUUUGCCCAAAACUCCGUUUUGCUCUUCCAACUCAAGCAGGUUGAAUUCCUCAAGUUGGUCAGCUCUGGUGAUUAUAAUGCUGCUUUAAGGGUUGCUUGCACUCAUUUGGGUCCUUUAGCUUCUAGUGAUCCUGCUUUAUUGAAGCCGUUGAAGGAAACUCUUUUGGCUUUACUACGACCUAAUGAAGAUGCUCUUGGAAAUGCAUUACCUCUACAUGCUCUAGCUGCUUCUCUCCAGGUGGCAGUUGGUCGAAGGCUUGGUGUUGAAGAACCUCAACUCAUGAAAAUAAUGCGAGCCACUCUUUAUACUCAUAAUGAGUGGUUUAAACUUCAAAUGUGCAAAGAUCGUUUUGAAGGGCUUUUGAGGAUUGAUUCAUUGAAGGAAGCCAACACUCCCUUCCUUGCACCAGUCUCUACAUCCAAGUCGUAUGCUGAUAGCUGCACAAAUGGAUCUUCUCAGGCUACAGUAUCUUCAGGCACCAGGAUGUCAGAAGAUGGUAGCAGUCCAACUCAAGUGUCUUCAAGGGACGUCAUCUGUGACGAAGGUGCAAUACUUAAAGUAAUGGAGUUUUUAGCUUUGCCUAGGGCUGAUGCCAUACAUCUGCUUGCACAAUACAACGGAAAUGCGGAGACAGUGAUUCAGCAGAUAUUUGCCUAGGCGUUGUGUAGGAAAAUCGGGUUCAUUAUUUGGGAAAAAAAAAGGUCAAAUUAUUUUUUUCAAUAUUAUUUGAUUCAAAUUUGUGAAUUUUUUUUAUACCCCUUGUACAUAUAGCUGCAAAGAGGGAAAUCACUGUAACGUUUGAAAUCCGAAUUGACGGAAACUAUGUACAGAAUCUCGAUUAUUACCUCAGUUUUAAUGAGAAAGUUGUAAUUAAUAAAAUAA